GGCCCUCACGGCGAGUCGUUUCAGUCGCUUAUGUUUCCGCUUCCGAUGUCUUAUCUCAUAUUCAGAGCGCCUUCAGAGGCGGCCGGAAAGAAGUGGAUGGAAGCCAUCGAACUGUCCCUCCAAUGCUCUACUAUGUUGAUGAGGAAUAUGUCGCACAGGGAGUCGAUGCCCAACACACCGGCCCCGUUGGGCACUAUGCCUGAGUCUGGCAACACAUUCCCCGAACUGAUUCCCACUGGAAAUCUGUCCCAAACGCUGAAUGAAUCAGAAAUUGAGAAACAUUUUGGAGAUCACGAUUUGGACGAUGAGAUCCAUACAGAUCACGGCGGAGACUCUCAGGACCACCACUCGACUGAUGACAGCGAUUCGGACGCCGAUCACAUCCAUCGACACAUUAAUGGCAUUGAAGGCAAAGACGCGAAACAAUGCGAAACGCAGUACAUCUUCGACGGCGGGAACGAAGAGUUUGGUAUUGCGGGCGACGCCGGACAGACCGAGGAGAUGGCCGAUGAGAACAAGAGCUUAAUAUGGAUUCUACUGAAGCAAGUGAGGCCUGGCAUGGAUUUGUCCAAAGUAGUCCUGCCCACUUUCAUUCUCGAGUCCCGUUCCUUUCUCGACAAACUCACCGAUUAUUACUAUCACUCGGAUAUCAUUUCA